CGCCAACGUGAUCAUCUAAGAAUGUGCGUUUGGAUUAUGAUGAGCUUUUACAGCUGAUGAUGAUGUAUUCCUCUACAUUCCUGCGAUAGAUCACCUCGUUGUUAGAGAUACAUCCUGCAUGAGCGUUUCGACAACAAAUCUGAACAACCUCCUCUGCUUAAACCACCUUUCUCGUUCGUACAAUGAAUGUGUCCCGCAAAUUACCACAUUUCCUUCAGCUAUAUUUUAUUUGUAUCGUCGGCCUGAUCGGGGCAGUGGGUCUGGAAAUCAAAAACCAUCCCCGGACGGACGUCAAAAAUGUGUCCACAGCCUAUCCAUUUACCAUCGAGCCGCGUAAAGAUACCGCAUUGGAACAGUAUAAAUCACCGCCAUUCGAUGACAAUGGCCACAGGCGGUCCACUCUUAACCGUCACCGAUCGCAACCCUUAUCCCACCAAACCGAUGCAAAAUCAGGGAGGGCUUCGUUCAGCCCGACCAACGACCAACGAGAACCCCGGAAAAACUACGACACUCUCAUCCCAUUAUCCGUGGAAGCGAAAGACGGGUCGAUACACGCGGUCGAUAAGUCGGAAAACAAUCAUGCGGAAAUGAAACUUUCUCAGCGUCAUCAUCGGCCAGCAAGCGGUGUAUUGAAGGUGGGAGGGGACGUCCAGCAGUCGGCUCGCAUGCUCGACGACCGGUUUCCUGUCGAUGAUGAUGUUGUCGACGCUGCGAAGGACGAAUACUACGACACUCCUACCGGGGAAGAGCACGAAGGUGAUAAUUAUGAGGACGGUAAAAUAAUCAAUUCGGGUGCGUUGGACAACUUUUUUGGCGGGAAAUCUACGGCUUCGUCCAGCGGGGCGUCAGGUGCCGAGGGAGAAUAUCGGAAGGGUUCGAAAUCGGUGCAUGGCUAUAAGAGUGGAAAAUCGGAGGGUGCUCAGGAGUCGAAUGCACAAGAGGAACUCGACGAAGAGGACGAGGACGUUGAGGAUGAGGAGGAGGACGAUGAGGAAGACGACAGUGAAGUGUCAUAUGGCGAGGAUGUCCUUCCGCCGAGUGAAGCGUUCGGCACGUUUGGUGGAAGAACCGAGGGAGGGUUGAAGGUGGAGGAGGCGCCGUACUUUCUGGUCGAGCCCCAGAGUACUUACGUGAUCCGGAGCAAGCCAGCCGUCCUGAAGUGUAAAGCAGCCAACACGUUGCAGAUUCAUUUCAAGUGCAGUGGCAGCAUAAAGCCACCUCCGUCGAUCGAAGAAUCGCACGUCGACCCUCACAGCGGGGUUCACUUCCAGGAGGUGACGGCCACCAUAUCUCGCGACCUGGUGUACGAGUACUUCGGCAAGCUACCGUUCAAAUGCGAAUGCCACGCCUGGUCUCCUCGCGGGAAAGCCGUCAGCCAGCCAGCCUCGAUUAUUGUUGCGUAUUUGAAGAAAAACUUCGAGCUCCAGGACACCAGGAUUCGGGCUGAAAUUGGAGAAAAGCUGGAAAUAAAAUGUGUCGCUCCCAAGGGUUAUCCUAAGCCCCAAAUAACGUGGUUGAAAAACAACAUCACCAUCACGGCAAGCUCCCUGUUGACCUUCACCACAGAAGGAAACAUUGUGAUAACAAGUGUAAAUCUCCAGGACAUAGGAAAUUAUUCGUGCGUGGCGGAGAACAUUGCUGGAAAAAGAACAUCGGAGCCAAUCGAACUGAUCGUUUACGUGAAUGGAGGUUGGAGCCAAUGGAGCACCUGGCUGGAGUGUCGAUGUCCGGGAAAACCAGCUCAGGGAAGGAAGCGUACACGUACCUGCAGUGAUCCGAUUCCCCUGUAUGGUGGAGCACCCUGUGUAGGUCCUAACCAACAGAAGACAGUCGACUGUGUGACAUGUCCAGAAGACACACAGAUAAUCACUCCUAACGGCUUCGAGGAUAACGCAUUCGUUCGCCGUUGGUCCGCAUGGUCUGCGUGGAGCUCGUGCACAAAACAGUGCACCCAAUCAAGGAGAAGAAUCUGCCGCACGCAAAACGUGGACUACUACGAUAAGGCCCUGGUGAAGCACCAUCAACAGUUGGCCGCCCUGAUGGAGGAUCACGACGAGCAGGAGAGCAGUGCCUACGGUUGUCACGGCAAGGACGUUCAAACCAUCGUUUGUCGGGGUGGUGAAUGCAGAAUUGAUGACACAGCAUCUGAUUGGAUCUUUUAUCUGGGACUCGGGUUCAUCGUGACGCUCUGCCUGACAUUCCUGGUGUUUCUGUUGCACAUGCGACAUCGACAGAAGCUACCAACGUACUCAAUCACACGGACCUCUCCAGAUCAGCACACAUACACGCACGAGUUUCAAAAGAAGCUUACUCUCUCCUCGAACCCUCCCGACAUAAACAUACGUGUCAAUGGCUACGAAUAUUCCAAUGGCAGCACCAUGGAAGCCCCAAAGAUACCGAGUCAGAAUGUCCCACUUCUAUUGACCAGAUCCACAUCCGAACAUCACUACGACGAACCGCAAUUCAACUCGAUGCAAGCGAUUCAGGCGGCAAAUAAGGACGAUUCGGGCAUGAACGUGUACAACCAACAGAAGGCUGCGACGGGAGUGGUUCUUCAGCAUCAUUACCAUCAGUAUCACUCACUGGAGCAGAGCCACCUUCAACGCCAGAUAACAGCGGCAUCACCUAUCGCCACUCAAUCGCAGAAGGGCCAGUAUCGCAGCUCCGAAUCUCUGUCGGGGACGUCCAACACCAACACAUCAAACUCAACCUACGCCAUUGCCACGACGGAUUCGCUGGACACGUCCAGUUCGUCCGAGGCUAUGUACAAAUCGAACUCCGCUCGUCAGGUUGUCACCUCGGAAGGGGGAUGGCUGGAGCUGGAGCAAAACGUGUUUCUAGCCGUCAUGUACGACUCCAAAGAUACGAUACUAGUCGAAAACCAGGUCACCCACAUCAGUCCGACGAUUGUGUGUGGGCCAGCCAAGAGCAAUUUCUCCAAACCGCUCAUCAUCAAGGUUCCGCACUGCGCCGAGGACAUUGCCAGCUGGAAGGUGUCACUCUUCUACAAGGAGGAAGUGACGAACUGCUGGAAAAAGAUUGCGUCCUCGGAGAACGACGUGCCAAGCCCGCAGGCCUACAUUCAGCUGGACCAGCACAAUGCAUACAUCAUGACGCGGAAGCUCGGCAAGUACCUGCUCGGCGGAGAGAGUCUUGCACCAGAGGUGAACGUCACCAAGCGGCUGAAGAUCGUCAUGUUCGGUCCAGUUCGGAAACCGGAGGCCGACUUCAACAUACGCGCCUACGUACUGGAGGACUAUCCGAGUGCUCUCGAACACUGCAGUGGAAUCGAAACUCGACUGGGUUAUUUCCAGAUCGGACAGAGCUCGCCGUUCCACUUUGCCAAUAGCAAAGAGGCGAUGACGCUACGCAUCAACUGCUCGGGCGGAUGGACGACGGCCGCCGAGUGUUCGCUGCAGAAGAUCCCGUUCAAUCACAUCUGGAAGAACAUGGCGAUCCUGCACUGCGAGUUCUUGCUACACAAGCUGACCGAUGAGAUGCCUUGUUUACGAUUGGAGCUUGCUGCCGAGCAGGACAACGGUGCCAAAGUGCUUAUCACGUCCGUGGCGUUCUCGUGAUAGUACAUAGCGCGAGCUCUCCAAAAGCUGAUGACUUUGUAGAAGGGUGUCCUCAGACUCGGACAUGUCCUCAAGCAUAUGUUCUUUAAACAAACAGUUACUGUUAGCUGCGCACCACGUUAGACAUUGUCGCAAGGCGAGAACGAAACAAAAACCGAGGCCAUUACAUAGCGAAUAACGUAGCAUUAGAAUCUCACACUCAUAUACAAAUCGCACAUCUUCACCAGUUGUUAUCCAACGCAUGUAUCGUAUUGAGCUAUAGCGGUUGUGUCCAGUGCAAGGAUCGACUAUUAGAUCGUAGAACAGGAUGAAAAUGCCAAAUGUGGGGAGCUUUGGAGCUGGAGGCGUCAUGCAUGCCGUACUGUAGUUGUCAUCGCCGUUAAAAGUAGACACUCGCCCACUCGCAGGUCAGCGAUGCCAGCGGUGCAUUAAUCGAGUUGUACAUAAUACAAUUAACAGUUGUGCCGAUUAGUGACGAUCUAGGUUAAGAUUCUGUUUCCCACGGAUGUCCUUGUUUCCGUAGCUCUAUUGAUAAAGACUGAUUGUGAGGAACAAUAAAA